CUUUUCAGGGUCACGGGGAACCUGGAGCCUAUCCCAGGGAGCAUCGGGCACAAGGCGGGGUACACCCUGGAUGGGGUGCCAAUCCAUCGCAGGGCACACAAUCACACACACAUUCACACACACUUUGGACAUGCCAAUCAGCCUACCAUGCAUGUCUUUGGACUGGGGGAGGAAACCGGAGUACCCGCAGCACAGGAAAACAUGCAAACUCCGCACGCACAGGGCCACGGUGGGAAUCGAACCCCCUAGAGGUGUGAGGCGAACGUGCUAACCACUAAGCCACCGUGCGCCCACGACUAUGAUUAUAUGGGUAAAAGGAUAACGGUGCAUUAGUCCACUCAUUCAGUCCAUGUGGUAUCAGGUGUCUCAGUCAAAGAGGUAUUGUGUGGAUGUGGACUCUUCAUCUCCAGCUAGUCGUAGCCACUCUCCUCCCCAUUCUUCCUCACAUGUUCCAAUCACGAACAAGACUCAAAGUGAGCAGUGUAAACUCCACCUUUUUUUAUGAAAAGGAGGAUGGAUCAGAACGAAGGACAUGACAAACCUGUACAUGUUCAGUGCAUUAACAUGCAGAAUUGAAUGGAGUCUGCUCUAAGCAGACUUGAUGGAUAAAAUGGACAAUGGUGGCAUCACAGAUAAAACAGAUUCCCAAAACAAGCUGAACAUGGAAAUCAAAGCUACUGUUCUACAAAAAGAUGUGGGUCUAGUAAGUGGGAUCUGCUUGAUUGUGGGGACAAUGAUUGGCUCAGGAAUCUUCAUCUCCCCCAAGGCUGUGCUGGAGGAAACAGGAGCAGUGGGACCAUGCCUGUGUUUGUGGGCAGCAUGUGGUGUGCUAGCUACUCUUGGGGCUCUUUGCUAUGCAGAGCUUGGCACCAUGAUAGUAAAGUCAGGUGGUGAGUACCCAUACCUGAUGGAGGGUUUUGGACCCAUUCCUGCCUACCUUUACUCCUGGACAACCAUCUUAAUACUGAAGCCUUCAUCAUUGGCCAUCCUUGCCCUCAGCUGUGGAGAAUAUGCCUCUACACCUUUUUACCCAGGGUGCACCCCACCUGUGAUUGUCAGCAAAUGCCUGGCUGCUGUUGCCAUCUUGUUGCUUACAGUUGUGAACUGCUUAAGUGUGAAGCUGUCUAACUUUGUGCAGAAUUUCUUCACUGCAGCGAAACUCCUCAUCAUUGUCAUUAUAGUGGUUGCAGGCAUCGUUAUGCUGGCCAAAGGAAACACACAGAAUCUGCAAAAUGCAUUUGAAGGAGGAACAACUUCAUUUGGGGCAAUCGGACUUGCAUUUUACAACGGUCUUUGGGCGUAUGAUGGAUGGAAUCAACUGAACUUCAUUACAGAAGAGCUGAAAGACCCAUAUAGGAACCUUCCCUUGGCCAUCGUUAUCGGGAUUCCUUUAGUGUCAGUGUGCUAUGUGAUGGUCAAUAUUGCAUACUUCAGUGUCAUGACACCUACAGAACUACUUCAGUCUUCUGCUGUUGCUGUGACUUUUGGGGACAGAGUGCUGUACCCACUGUCAUGGGUGGUGCCGUUGUUUGUGGUCUUCUCCACUUUCGGAGCUGCUAAUGGAAGCUGCUUUACAGCUGGAAGGCUGACAUAUGUGGCUGGACGUGAAGGACACAUGGUGAAGUUUCUUUCCUAUAUCAGUCCGAAAUAUUAUACCCCUGCACCAGCACUCAUCUUUAAUGCACUUUUGAGUGUCUGCUAUGUAAUUCCAGCAGAUAUCAACUCUCUCAUUAACUACUUCAGCUUUGCUCAGUGGGCUUUCUAUGGGCUUACUGCCUUGUCUCUCAUCGUCAUGCGCUUCACAAAAAAAGAGUUGCACAGACCUGUGAAGGUGCCCAUAGUUAUCCCUGCUGUGGUGGUGGUUGUAUCCUGUUACCUGGUUUUGGCUCCAAUCAUUGAAAAACCUGAGCUUGAGUACCUGUACUGCACAGUGUUCAUCGUGGGUGGACUGAUUACUUACUUUCCCUUUGUGUACUACAACUUCAGCUGGACCCGCAGAAUCAUGACUCCCCUCACCAUGCAUCUUCAGCUGCUAAUGGAAGUUGUACCACCAGAGAAGACAGAGUGAAGAAUAUCAUCAAUAAAAGGACCAGAUACUAUCAUCUGGUGAUAUUUUUUAACUUAUGAUUAUGUUUCAGAAUUUUAAAAGGGAACCAUUAAAAAAGGCUAAGAGUUAAAAGUUAAAGGGUAACUACCAGGCCUGAUUAUUUUCCUGAUUAGACUCAUAUCAAUCUUUUAAUAAAUUUAUGUCUGCAUAGGCGAAACUGAAUUUAAUUUUCCACCAGAUUAACAAAAGCCUCAGAGACUGAUUUUCUUCGUACUCGUGCAUAUGUUGAUCGACAUAAUGCACAAAGUACAUUACAGGCACAGCUCAUUUGCAUGUAGUGAUGCUCAUAAAACUCCAUAAAAUGGAGGUUAGGCAGACAGACCGGCCUAACCUCUGCUUAUACUGUUGCAUUUCUUUUGUCAUAAUUGAAUGACGUUUUAUUUGUUUUAAUUCAGGGGCUUGUGUUUCUUUAUUUUCCAUAUUUAAUUAAUACCAAUAAUAUAAAAGACUGGUUUUCACAUUUUUUUCUCAAUGGUACUCUUCAUCCAUGUCUUUGUGAACUAGCAUGAGGAUGUGUUUUUGAUAGAGAAGCUCUUCUUUAAGUGGCUCUGGAUAAGGACAUCUGCUAAAUGCUGUAAACACAAUAAAAAAAUAAGCAAUUCCAAUAAUAAGCAAUUGGCAGCGUAGUCAAUAUAUAAAAGUGCUGUAAUUGAUGCAAAUUAUACGAUUUGAAGUCAAGCUGAGGUUAGUUAGUCUUCCUAUGUGAAAAUUUAAGUAGCAUACAAAUGUUUUUUUCCCCAAAUAUAACAGGAUUUUCAUUAAAUGUGAAAUCUCCUGGAGAAUUUGAACAUAUGCGAAUGAUUGACAAAUAAACUCGUUUGUAUCCAGCUUUAUAAAUGAGGCCAAUUGAUCUAAAGAUCUAAAUGUUCGCUACCACCUGCAGGAUAUACAUGUUAUAUGUAUAAAUAUUACACAGAUUGUUGUAAAUACCUUAUUAAAACUAUACAUUUCGAGGUCCUUUUUAUUCUGAAA